AUCUGCUCGCUCUUCGUCCUGCUCGUGGAGGGGUUUAUCUCUUUUCUCUGCAGUUUGUCGGUCAGACCAAUUAGUUGACCUGCAUUUAUCCGACAGGAAAGGAAAAGAAAAGAAAGGAAGUACAAUUGUCCAAGUUCUGGACUCAACCGAACACCUGGUCGGACAAGUCGAAUCCCGACUAUUUCGCAACGCCGACGAACCGGGAUACUGCAAGCAUCGAAAUCUAUCCUCCAUUUAAAUCCAUACGUCUGAGCUAGUGCGCUUUCGGCACUGAAAUACCGGGGUAUAUCUUUUUGAGAUAUCUGCAGCCAUGCCUCUUCUCGGUCGUGAUAAAGGUCGUCCCAGAUCGCGCAGGUCGGAUGAUGAGUUUGUCGUAUUCCUUCAAGGCAUUCCACCUCAUUGCCGCUGGCAGGAACUCAAGGAUCUCGUGCGCCAAACUGCACUGCAUAUUCGACAGGCAGUAGUAUACGAUGAUAGCCAUGGAUUCCCCACCGGACUCGGCCAAAUCAUCGUCAAGAAUGAAGACGAGGCCUGGCGAACGUACCGUAUAUCGACUUUCGACCACCGGAUGGGACGGCCAGAGCCUGGUCGUCACACUCUCGCGGACCAGUACGCCAACCAAGCCCAUUGCCGGGCCUACCAGAAGUCCACCAGCAAUGAUGCCCACAAACUAUGUCUCUGGCCACUCCACGCCUCCAUUAGUACCUGGAAACAUGGCAAUUCCCCCGUCACCCGUCUCGCCAGAAUCAUCCCACCCCGCCACUCCACCAUAUCCAUACCCAGAGUACGGCGUCAUGAUGGUACCCAUACCGAUGCCACCACAAGGAUUCAUGCCCAUGAUGCCAGAUCCACACGCACCACCGAUGCAGUGUUACCCCCCAUCCCCAGUAAUGAACGGCGCAAUGUACGAGCCACAUUGGAACAUGAUUCCAGGCUAUCAGAUGUCCCCCCACAACACAUGCACCAACCAAGCGGCGAUAGUCCACCACAGGACUACCACCAUCGCGAAUCUCGCAAAGGAACAAAUCCCAACUCUCCAUCCUUCUACCCAGAUCGCCGAGCCAUCACCAUCGAGAACUUGAAUUCGGCUACUACAUGCACCGACCUAAAAGCCCUUCUGCAGACAGCCGGCGCUGUCCAGGAAUGCAGCAUAGUCACCACGGACUCGGACGAUAGCAAUGGCCGGCUCCGUGGCUUGAUCACUAUGCAAACAGCAGACGAGGCCCAGUGCGCUGUGACCAUGUUUAACAAUUUGAGUUUCAUGGGGUCGCGGAUUAGGGUUAAGGUUGAUCGUGGCGAGUAUCUCACGCGGGCUGUAAGCGUUGAUGGGGUGUUGGGUGCUUGUGCUGGCUCAGACACCGCGGGCUCGGUGCCUGGCAAUGCGGAUACGUGUCAGUCAUGGGCUGAUGAGAUGACUGCAGAGGCUAAUGCGGUUGAUGUUUGUAAGCCGCUGGUGAUAGAUGGGUCUGGGUUGAAUAGGUCGGGUGAUAUUUUAUCGACGUCUGCGCCUACGUGAUAGAAUAGCUAUGUAAUAUUCGAGGUGGGGGUCGAUAUUCAACAUACACACGUUCUACUCGUGCUUUGAAUUUUUGCUGGCUUUUGUUAGUGGUUUUUCUUGAUCGCUUUCGAUGUAAACUAUUUUGUGCUUCUUAGGUGUCGACAUUCUUUUGGCUUCGGUAUAAUGCCUAUCCUUGGACAACAUGGACAACUCUAUGAGUGUCUUAUCUCUCAGGCCUGCGUUUGCUACACUUCUAACUAAAACUGCACUUGUGUUCCAAAUGAAUUUCCAAA